UAUCGCAGUAGCUUCAGCUCCGACCGCUUCGGGGAUGUUGAUCGGCUGUGAAUAUAUAGUGAACGAAACUUGACUUCGGGCAGAAGAACCCGCUCGCAUCGAACAUUUCUGCUUCGGAAUAUUUCUAAACUUUAGACUAAAGUCAACAUAACAAACAUGACAAUCGUACCUUCAAUGUCACAACACCAGCCUAUUCUAGAAACAAAAAAUAGCUCAGAAACUAAUUUUGACUGACUAAAGUUUAGAAAUAUUCCGAAGCAACUGCAAUGCGAGCGGUUUCUUCUGCCCGAAGUUAAGUUUCGUUUUUGAGAAACAGAGACGGGUCGGCUAUAUAUUCACAGCCGAUCUCUUUACAGCCGAUCAACAUCCCCGAAGCGGUCGGAGCUGAAGCUACUGCGAUAUGGGCGGGUGUAACCGGAUUUCAACCGUUCUGAUGCUGUGGCUUCUUAUUUGUGUCGGCUCCUCUCCCGUCUCGGCGGUCGUCCACACGUCUUCAAGGGUCGGCCUGGCCGCCGUCCUGCCCUGCUCUGUGGAGUCACUCCUGGAGCCGGAGCACACCUUUCACAUACAGUGGGAGACCGUAAGCAAUGCGGUUUUUGAGCGCAUGGGACAGGAGCGGUUUCAGGGGGAGGCCUACAGAGACCGGGCGGAUGUCCCGGAGGAGCAGCUCGUGAGGGGAGACUGCUCUCUGUUCCUGCGGGAUGUCAGAUUCAGCGACGCGGGCGUCUACGAGAGUUACUUGGUGGUCGGCCAGUCGAGUAUCAAGAACCGAGUUUUCAUUCAGCGCGUCCAACUUGCUGUUACCGAUCACAAGGACAUCAAAUCAGUGCGGACGGGGGAAGAACUGAUCCUGGAUCUGCACACACAUCAAGCUGAGCAAGUGAUUUUUCAAAAAAGCAAUGACACCGACUGGACCGUCCUGUGGCAAAAACAUGCAGUCAAACACAAAAAAGGUCAUCUGAUAAAGAGAGGAAACGAGUUGAUUCUCAGUAAUGUUACGGCCCGCAGCGUCGGAACAUACAAAGUCCUUGACUCAGAGGGGUUGGCUCUCAGCACAAUAAAGGUCACCGUUAUAGAACCCGUGUUACCCAGAGAAACAGAAACUCAGCAAAUACAGUCUGCAUUAGGUAAGAACUGCUCCAGGAGAGUCUCAGAUGUGCUCAGUGCCGUGUCCAUGCUGCUGCUCAUGAGUCUGACCACCCUGCUCUCCAUCACCGUCUGGACCCCGCCGCUCACCGCCGUCCUGGUCUUCUCCACGCUGUCCUGCACGGCUCCCCGCGUCCUGUCCGUCACUUCACUGAUGGUGGAGGACACGGACUCCUUGGCACCGUUCAUGGUGCCGCUGACGGCUUCCUUGGCUCCUGUCACUGCCUCUUUAGCACUGGCGACGAUCUGAAAGAGAAAAACACCAUUACAGCAGUGCCUCAAAUGAUUAAAUCGCAUCCGAAAUAAAGGUUUCGUUUACAUA